AUGAAAACAGCUGUAACUCAUCCACCAAAUACAACUAGUACCAAUACAAAUACAAACGGCAAUAAUAUUGUUGGGUGUCAUCAUCACGGUCAAUUACAUCCUCCCAACAACAAUAAUAAUAAUAAUAAUACGUCAACAGACGAAACCGAAUUAUAUAAUAAUUUAAUGGCAAAUGAUGAUGACUAUGAAGAUGACGAGGAAUUACUUUCAUCGUAUGAAUCGUCUGCAGGAACAGCACAACAUCAACAACAUCAACAACAGGUGUUUAUAAAGGAUAAUGCAUAUACUACCACGGUUGUUGCUGCUGCUUCGACCACCUUGCUCCAAUCGAAUGCUUCGCCACCACCACCAGCUUCAUCUUCAUCUACUCACAGCUCUCCAACAUUGCAGAGUAGCGACAAUAGUAACGGUACCCCCUCUACCUCUGCUAUGAAUCUUAUUCAUCAUCAUGAUAUUAAUAUUAAUAAUGAAAAUAAUCAAUCAACAAAUAAUUAUUCUACCUCUUCUACUACUCCUUCUUCUCCUCCUAUCUGUACAGGUUUAUCACAAUCUACACCUGCUCUUAUGACUAGUAGUGCCACCUCGUCGCCAUGUAAACUCAAUAAUGGAAAUGGAGUUGGUCCAGUUGUGAUUGACCCUGCCAAUCUUGCCAACAACGGUACUACUACGGUUCUUCCCACGACUCAACAACUUCCACAAAGUCUACAAGGAUUGCCAAUGGCAAGUGAACUCUAUGAACUAUUCUCAUGUUUUAGAAGAUACAAGCCUGCCAUUUCCGGUAAAAAGGAAGAUGAACUUUCAAAGUAUCAAUCACAGGUCAAUCAAUUCUUUGAAAAAGAUUAUGUCAUCUCGGUGAUCAACAAUAAGAAUGGUGAAUUGUGUGCUACCUAUCCACCUGAAUUGGUUGUAAUUGAAAAGGAAAAGGAUGUCAAUUGUAUUAAUUGUAAAGAUAAUCAUCAUCAUCAUAAACAAGGAAAUAAUCCAUAUUCAAUUAAAAAAUUAUUGAGUCAAUCUAGAUUUGCAAGAGUAAGAACUAGAUUCCCAUUCCCUGUUAUCUAUUUCCAUAACAAGAACCUAUGUAGAUCAUCGACCUUGUCAAAAAAGAUUGAAUACAUGUUUCAAUCUGGUGUCAAUUCAAUGAAAAAACAAUUUUCAACUGCUCCAACAACAAAUCAAAGUCCAAAUCCAAAUCCAAAUAAUAAUACAACAAUUGUAAACAUUCAACCACAAGCAGAAGAAACAGAAAUUGGAGAUCAAAAUAUGGAAAAUCUUCGAAACAAUGAUAUUAAUGCUAUCAAACAUCUUAGUGUUAAAUAUAUUUGUGAUUUAAUGGUUGAAAACAAAAAGAAAAAAUUUGGAUUUUAUGUUUGUUCAUCAGAAAAAGCAGAUAUGCAUGAUAGAUAUACAAAACAAUUUGUAAUUGCAUCAACCCCUUAUCCAGGAGUUGAAUUCUUUUCACUUUUCAAUCAAAAUAGUCAUAAUGGUCAAGAUCUUUAUUAUGCCUGGGAUAUUACAGAAUACCCAGCCGAAUUAAAAAUAGAUAAUAAUUCUAUUCCAGUUGAUUGGAAUCAAUAUAAAUCUUGGGAUUUAUUAAUUUUGACACAAAAUUAUUUUAAAUUAUUAAUGGAAUAUACAGCUGAUGAUACAAAGGAUUCAGGUGUUUUAGUUCAUUGUAUUUCUGGAUGGGAUAGAACUCCAUUGUUUAUCUCAUUGUUGAGAAUCAGUCUCUGGGCAGAUGGAGAGAUUCAUCAAUCCUUGUCAUCGGCUGAAUUGCUCUAUCUUACUGUUGCCUAUGAUUGGUUCUUGUUUAGUCAUCAACUUUAUGAUCGAGCUGGUCGUGGUGAGGAUAUUUUCUACUUUUGUUUUUAUUUUUUGGAAUUCAUUACCUCAAUGGAUUAUUCUGUACAUUCAUAUACUUCAAAUAUAAAUCGAAACUCUAAUAAUAAUAAUAAUAAUAACAACAAUAAUGUAUCAUCAAAUGUAAAUAAUAAUAAUAAUAAUAACUCUAAUAAUAACAACAGAUGUAAUAAUAAUAGUAAUAAUAGUAAUGGUAGUAAUGGUAGUAAUAAUGGAAUUGGAAAUCAUAGAUCAAAAGUACAAAUUGGAGGUAGAGCAAUAUCAACAUCUGCAUCAUCAUCAACAACAACUAAAACUACCAUUAAUGGUGGAUCAUUAUUGGAUGUUUCACAAUCAGCUCCUCCAACACCAAAGAAUAAUUCACCAAAUGGUUUGAUCAAACUACCAGCAUUUAUUACCAACUAUACAUCGGCUCCACCAACACCAAUCAGUCAUUCACCACUUCCCAACAGUAUUUUAAAUAGUAAUGGUGGACAACAGUUACAAGGUGGUUCGCCCAGUCUCAAUGGUAUGACUGCCACCAAUGCCAUUGACGUGCCAACAGCAUCACGCAAGAUCAACAAUAGUGCUGCUGUCGUUGGCAAUAGUAGCAAUGGAAGUGUUCACAAUGGCAGCAACGGCAGAGGAUACCCAAUCAAUGGUAGCUAUGUCUGCGGCAGUCACAAUGACCCAGAGAUUGGCGGCAGCUGGCAGUUGAUGGGCUCCCUACAGGACAAGUUCAAGUCGCUCUCUUCGUUUGGAUCAACUCCAAAGUUUGUUCAUCCCAGCAGCAACAGUUACAGCAGUUCAACUGGUGGAGAAUCAAUUGAAGGUGAGGAUACAAACUCUAAAAAUGUAUCAGACGAUGAAGAUGAUCUCAGUGAUCUUUCAGACAAUACUUGGGAUCCAUCAACUUCCUUUAUCCCUGGUAUUCUCGAUCCAAAUAAUGAUUCAUCAACAAGUUUAUUACCAGAAAAGAAAAAGAAGAAUAACAAAAUCAAUAUUAAUAAUAAUAAUAAUAAUAAUGUAAAUAACAGCCCUGAUAAACAACAACAACAAGAGGAAAAUAAUAAUAAUCAACAAAGACCAAUUCAUAAUCAUUCACAUCAUUUGACAAUGAAAGAGAUUGAAGAAAGAAGAAAACAAAGAUUGAUGGAAAUUAAAUCUCUAUUUAUUGCAAUCUAUCAACAGAGUUGCGUCGAAUCAUCAAAGGACAGUUACUGGAAUUCCUUUAUUUCCUAUCUACCAAAGUUUGGUUAA